AUGAAUUUAACUACGAGAUUUGUGGACUCUUUCAGUCUCACAGAUGAUUUGCUUACUUAGAUAAUAUCAGAUAAGUAGACGAUCAGUUUAUCUUUGAAACAAUUGAGUAAAUUGCAUCACCUUCAAAAGAUGUUGGAAGAGUUUUAGUUUCUAAAUAUCGUAUACAGUGAUUAGAGUCGAGUGAGGAAGAUGAUGUUAACGCGAACAAAGUCAAAUCUGAAUUUUGCAAUAAUAGUUGUGUCAUCAAAUAGAUAAGAAAAUUGA